UUGUGUAUGAGUGCACUCCGGAUAUGUAUACUUCAGUUUAGUCUCAUUGCGAGAAAAGAAGAAAAAGGAAAAUCAGUUUCAUGCGUUUUGUCCUUUGGUUAAACCUGCAGGGUGAGACUUUGUUCAGUAGUGGGAAGAAUUUCAAUUCAGUAUCUGCAUGGGACUAAAUCCUUUUAGAGUUAGACAAACAUUUCAAUCCAAGGUUUUGCAUGUGGCACUAGUAUAAUAUACGUUGUAGAAUAAGUUCAAAUUGAAAAGGGAUGCCUUUUUAUGCUUUUCACCCCCUUAGCUGUUAAUAUAUCUUUUGGUCUGUUGAUCAGAACUGUGACCAGAAUUGCAGUGAGUUAGGUGUGAAGUUUAUAGCAUUGGUUGUGUGGAUAUGAUGAUUCUCAUUAUGUGGGAAGCAUAAUUUUGAAACUGAGUAUUUUCCUAAUGGUGUAUACUGUUAAUAUACCUUUUGGUCUGUUGAUCAGGACUGUGUCCAGAAUUGCAGCGAGUUAGUUGUGAAGUUUAUAGCAUUGGUUGUGUGGAUAUGAUGAUUCUCAUCAUGUGGGAAUCAAAAUUUUCAAACUGAGUAUUUCCCUAAUGGUGUAUAUUUGUCAAUCCAUUAAUCUUUGUCACACUUUUAAAAGUUUUGCAUUGAAUAUUGAUCAUAACAAGUGGUUAUGAGACAGAUUGCUGGUCCUUCUGGGCAAAUGAAUUGGAUUAGAGAUGGGCCAAAGUGUUUAGGUGCCAGGAAUAUUACUGAGGCUAUAGAUAGCAGAUAUUAUGCAUGCAGAAUUCAUACCGCUUGCUCUGCCAAACUUUUGAUUCUGGAAUGGCUGAGGGCUGUCGCCAUGAGAGGAUCAACUUGUUGGCCUACAGCCCACUUGCAAUGGGUAUACUUUCAGGGAAGUAUUUUGGCUUCUAAUGGUGGUCCUCCUAAUACCCAGGUUAAAUCUUUUUCAGGAGGGAGGUAUUCAGAAGGUGAAUCCCGAUACAACCUGACCAGAAGCACAUUAAAAGCAGCUACAAUGGACACCUAUGAAGAAGGAUAUUGAAAGAUAUUCCAAAAGUACAAAGUUAUAUUGAAUUUAUACGGAAAUUCAAUGAUUUGCUUUUGCUAAUUGUUUGAUUUGAGCAUGUUGCCUCAUUCUUUUUGGUCCAUGUUUUCCCUUUCUGUCUCAAGAACUGAAAAUGAAUUAACAAUGGAAGCGGCAAAGAUUUGGACUUUUUUUUUUUUUUUUUUUUGCCGAGGGAAUUAAGAAUUUGAUGAUGUUUCUACGGGCAAUUUGCUAUAUCUGGUGUCAGUGUCACGCCAACUAGAGCUAUCGAAUCUGGGUUGGGAUUCGAAGUAAUCAGCUUGGUAUUUAAUGGGCAAUUUGGUACGGAAGGACGACAGGAUAGGAGAAGUACAAUGACCAUCAACUCUCGUACUGUGACAGAACUCGGCUUUUCCGCAUCUAUAUACAAGCAAAAAAAACAAAGAGGAAAGCAAUAAAAUUCUAAACGAACAAUGCACACACACAUCCCCCUUGCAUCACGGAUUUACGGACAUCUCUAACGUUUGACUCUUUUUUUGGUUUUUUGGUUAUCGAAAUAGGGACUACAAAUCCGCCCUCCAGCGUUAGGCCUCCGCUUAUUUCACAUUCUCAAUAUGUAUGAAAAAAUCAUUUAAUUUUCUUAAAACCACCAAAAAAUAGAAGAAAAAAGACAGGGUCCCGACCAACAAUCUGGGCCCCACCAUUGAGCUCCGAUCUCGAGUUCUUUAGCGUUUGGUUAA